AAUACCGAAUGGAUGCUGGGAGGCAGAGGCAGAUUUUUUCCCCUUGUUUUCCUCCUCUAAAGCUAUUACGCGUCUUAUGGUCAAUGUGGGUCUGAUGGUCUGGUGCGUCUUAUAGUGUGAAAAAUACGGUAUUUGUCAGUUCUAAAGAUAGCUAUGGUUUCUCUUUCUUGGAAUAAAUACUGUCUUUAAUAUUCUCAGGGAUAAGUAUAGAUACUACGCCUGUCUGAUGAGAGCAAGAUUUGAUGAGCACAAGGAUGAAAAAGACAUGGUUAAAGCAACCAAGCUGUUGAUGGCCGCCGAAGAAGAAUUUUGGGAAAGGCAACAUCCUCAGCCGUACAUCUUUCCCGACUCUCCAGGUGGCACAAGCUAUGAGAGAUACGAGUGCUAUAAGUCACCCGAAUGGAUCCUAGAAACGUGGCAUCCAUCUGAGAAAGCAAUGUACCCAGAUUACUUUGCUAAGAGAGAACAAUGGAAGAAACUGCGCCUGGAAAGUUGGGACAAGGAG